GUUCAGGAACAUGUUCCAGUUCAACCUCCAAAAGUACAAGUGGGCGAAAUGCUUGUUGACCGCAUGACUGGCAUUUGUCUGUGAUUACUAGCAAGUGUCCAUUCAGAGAUUUUGCUAAUGUUUCCUCAUUUAGGAAAUGAUCUGGAAGAUGCUUGUGAUCGAAAGCUCCAUAAGACAGAGAGACAGAAGGACAGAAUUAAUGGACAGAAGAGAAGCAGGUGAGUUACUUCUCUAAUUAAUUACUCUAAUAAACAAACAAACACACCGCCUGACUAAGGUUUUAUUUUAGGCAUGGGAAACUCAGGAGUGGAUUUAGCACUAAUUGAUCACUAACUGACAAACCAUUGUUUAUUUGCAUUAGAAAUGUACAGGAUUGUUUUGAUCAGAUACAGUCAGGUCCAUAAUUAUUGGCAUCCUUGAUAAAGAUGAGGAAAAAAAAGUAAAGUAUAAAAUAAAUAAUACAAAUACUGAGCUAUAUUGUAUGCAAAACAAAAUAUGGAUUUAUAUUAUUUUAUACUAAUACAGCUGCUCAGAGAAAGAGGUUUUGUUUAACAAGUAAUAAAAAACCAAAACCACAAGUUUUCAAUGGAGUUCAAGUCUGGAGACAGAUGGCCAUUGCAAAAUGUUGAUUUUUGUGGUCAAUGAACCAUUUCUUUGUGGAUUUUGAUUAGUGCUUGGGGUUAUCGUCUUGCUGGAAGAUCCACUUGCGGCCAACUGUCAGCCUCCUGGCAGAGGCAACUAGGUUGUUGGCUAAAAUAUCCUGGUACUUUUUAAAGUUCAUGAUGCCGUUGACCUUAACAAGAGCCACUGGACCAGUGGAAGUAAAAUAGCCCCGUAACAUCAAAGUUCCACCACCAUAUUUUACAGUAGGUGUGGGGUUCCUUUCUGCAUAUGCAUCUUUACUUCGAUGCCAAACCCACAACUGGUGUGCAUGGCCAAAGACCUCUAUUUAUGUCAUCCAACUAAUGUAAACGCCUGGAUUUUGCUAAACGGCAUUGGCACUUGGAUUGGAACUGGUGCUUUGGUCAAAUUACAUGUAAAUAAAGCUCUUUGGCCAUGCACACCAGUGGUGGGUGUUGAAAAACAGAAGUAUAUGCAAAAAAAGUACCUCAUAGAUUCGGUAAAAUAUGGUGGUGGACCUAUGGGGCUAUUUUACUUCCACUGGUCCAGUGGCCCUUGUUAAGGUCAACGGCAUCAUGAACUUAAAAAAGUACCAGGAUAUUUUAGCCAACAACCUAGUUGCCUCUGCCAGGAGGCUGACAGUUGGCUGCAAGUGGAUCUUCCAGCAAGACAAUAACCCCAAGCACCAAACAAAAUCCACAAAGAAAUUGUUAAUUGACCAUAAAAUCAACAUUUUCCGGACUUGAACCCCAUUGAAAACCUGUGGUUUGAAAUUAAAAGGGGAGUCCAUAAGUGCAGAUGAAGGAUAUCAAGGAUCUGGAAAGAUUCUGUAUGGAGGAAUGGUCUAAGAUCCCUCCCAAAAAGGCUCAGUGCCGUUAUCCUCGCAAGGUAAGGUAUUGAAAGUUAUUGAAAGGAGGGGUGCCAAUAACUUUGACCGCUAUUUACAGUCUUUUUUGCUCGUCUUUAUCAAGGGUGCCAAUAAUUUUGGACCUGACUGUACACAGUCUACAAUACUAGUUUUGUCACCUAGAAACCACAACAAUAUUUACCAGAACAACAUUUUGCAAGAGUUAGCUAUACCAGAUCUGCUACAGCGUAGUAGUUAGUUGCUGUAUCUCUGGAAGCAGACAACCAAGACUGGUGGUGAUAAGCUAGCAUGACGUAGCUGUGACGUUGUUGCCUCCCCUGGUUUACAGUCGCCCUUUAUCUCCUCACGAGGUUCCCACUCUUAGCUUCCUUCUGGCGCAGAGAUACCAGUGAUAUGGGCUUUGUUGAGUUUUGUUGUGGGACUAGAAAAAAAUGCCUGGAACGUAAAAGAAAGUUAUUAACUGGUUCCCAUGAUUUUAAAAUAAUGGUUUUGUACUGGAACAGUAUGGAUCACUUUCGUUCCAGGUUCCGUUUCUGUUCCUUGAAAAAUGUAUUUAUUUUCCGGUUUUCGGUCCUGUUCCCUGAACCCGUUCCAACCCCUGCUCCCUAGGCCCCUUCACUUCCCCUCUCUCUUUAGUUCUCUUUCUUUAUUCCUCUCAUCUGCAUAAUAUUUUCAGAAAUGUUCCCUCUUAAUGGUUUGACCCUGCUUGUACCACAGGGUGAGUACGGAGCGUCUGCGGGCCCGGUCCCGUGUUGCAGCUAAGAGCAGGAGGGAGAGAGAGAGCCGUCUGUUUGGGGAGCUGGCAGCAUGGCUACCUCUGCCCUCUGGUCUGACUGGCCACAUAGACAAGGCUUCUAUCGUCAGACUCACACUGGACUACCUGCGCCUGAGAGCACUGCUAGACCAUAGAGACAAUGCUACAACAGAGACCAGGGUCUGCUCCGACACAGUCCACUUCACCAUGCACGGUAACAAAAUCCUGUUGAGUGUUUGGAAUGAUGAGGCUUUUAGAGUGUUGAAGGGUUUAGAAAUAUAACAGAAGGCAUUGUCCUCUGUGUUAUUUAGGCCGAUACCCAAUGGCUGGGCUUUUCUCUGAGGAGACAGUGCUGGAGUCAGCUGUUGGGGGUUUCAUGAUCUUGGUGUCCCAGAACGGCCAGGUUAUCUUCACUACAGGGGACAUAAGCACACACACUGGCAUCAACCAGGUACAGUCAUAUUAUACUGAACAAAAAUAUAAACGCAACAUGCAACAAUUACAACGAUUUUACUGAGUUACAAUUCAUGUAAGGAAAUCAGUAAAUUGAAAUAAAUUCAUUCGGCUGUAAUCUAUGGAUUUCACAUGACUGGGCAGGGGCGUAGCCAUGGGUGGGCCUGGGAGGGCAUAGGCCCACCCACUUGGGAGCCAGGCCCACCCACAGGGGAGCCAGGCCCAGCCAAUCAGAAUGAGUUUUUCCCCACAAUAGGGCUUUAUUACAGACAGAAAUACUCCUCAGUUUCAUCAGCUGUCCGGGUGGCUGGUCUCAGACGAUCCCGCAGGUGAAGAAGCCGGAUGUGGAGCUGGCGUGGUUACACGUGGUCUGCGAUUGUGAGGCCGGUUGGACGUACUGCCAAAUUCUCUAAAAUGACAUUAGAGGCGGUGUAUGGUAGAGAAAUGAACAUUAAAUUCUCUGGCAACAGCUCUGGUGGACAUUCCUGCAGUCAGCAUGCCAAUUGCACGCUCCAUCAAAACUUGAGACAUCUGUGGCAUUGUGUUGUGUGACAAAACUGCACAUUUUAGAGUGGCCUUUUAUUGUCCCCAUCACAAGGUGCACCUGUGUAAUGAUCAUGCUGUUUAAUCAGCUUCUUGAUAUGCCACACCUGUCAGGUGGAUGGAUUAUCUUGGCAAAGGAGAAAUUCUCACUAACAUGGAUUUAAACAAAUUUGUGCACAAAAUUUGAGAGAAAUAAGCUUUUUGUGCAUAUGGAAAAUGUCUGGUAUGUUUUAUUUCAGCUCAUGAAACGUGGGACCAACACUUUACAUGUUGCGUUUAUAUUUUUGUUCAGUAUAUGUACAUAUGUUGAGUGUUCAUAUUGUAAUGAAACUGAAGGGAAAAUGGAUGACAAUAACAAUUUUUUUAAACAACAAAUGUUGUUAUUUCAUGUGUAGAUGGAUCUGAUUGGUAGGAGUCUGUUUGACUUCAUGCACCACUGUGACCAGAGGGAGGUCAGAGAUAUCCUCUCAAAAAUUAUAGGUAAAGGGGACUUCACAUAUUUUAAACAAGAUAUUAGUUAGCAAAGAGGCAUAUUGUUUAUCUUCUGUAUCGUGUCUUUCUAUCAGCUACUGAGGGACGACAGCAGUGUGACUUCCUUCUCCGUGUGAAGAGCACUCUGACCUCUCAGGGUCGAUCUGUCAAUCAAAGACACACACCUUGGAAGGUCAGUAAUUCAUGCUAGUUUGAAGCAGAGUGUUAACAUGUUGAGUUUUUAUUAUUCUCUGUUGUUUUUCACUUUCUCUUUUCUCUCUCUCCCUCACACACACACAGGUGAUUCACUGCGUCGGGGUUAAGAAACAAUCUCACCUUCCAGAGUCAGCCUGUCUUGUCCUAUUGUGCCGACCCCUCCCCAUCUCACAAUGCAUCGUCAGGGAUGCCAGCUUGAAUCACAAGACCUUCCUGAGCGGACACCGCCCGGACAUGAGGUUCACCUACUGCCAUUCAGGGUACACUCACUAACUCAACAAUGAUCUGGUGACGCUAAUCAAACGAGACGAGUAAUACAAGUAUAUUACAUAAUACCUUUCUUCCUGUUUUUCAUAUGAUUUUGUAUCUAGUGUCAAGGAGCUGACUGGAUAUACAGAAACAGAACUUCUGGGCCAGUCUGUGUAUCAGUAUUACCACACGUCUGACUGCCAGCACAUUCACAAAGCACACCAGAGCUGUGAGUCACCUCGAAUCAUGAGGUGUAUAUAAAUAUUGUGAAUACCACUAGUAUGUUCUGACCAUGUUAAAUGUAUAUCUGAUCAUGUGUCUGGGACAGUGCUCUCUAAGGGCCAGGCUACCAUGAGCAGGUACCGUCUGCUGCUGAAAGGUGGUGGUUAUGUGUGGGCAGAGACGGAUGCAUCGGUGGUGUACAACAACGAGACUGGGCAGCCCCAAAGUGUCGUCUGCAUCAACUACAUUCUAAGGUGAGAAGUGAUGUUGGGGUCGAGGACCAAUGAAAGCAUCUAAUGAAUGACAACUCUUAAUAUAAUAAGUUGGUUAGACUAGAUAUCUGUUCAGCUGUUUACAAGUAAAAUCCCUUGUUCCCUGUGCUACCAAAUUGUAUGCACCGUAUCUGGCGUUAAGCUAUUUUCCCUGUCCUUUUCUGUUCACCCUGUCUCCUUGUCUCACCACAGUGAUGUGGUGCUACCAGAGAUGGUGUUCUCACUGCAGCAAAUAGAACCGUUACUGAGGCCCUGUUACCCUGAACUUGAGGUGGGGCCCACCCUGCAGAAUGAGGCAUGUCUUACAGCAGAGACCCCUGUUAAUCUACGCAACUCAACAAUACCAACUCCAGGUCUGUCCCUUUAGCUGACAAUUAGCCAUUGAAAGAUACAUAUUUGCUUUUAACCAAAGAGGUGUUAAGAGACUUGUGGCAUUGAAUCGUUAUGUUCCUCCCAAUCUGAUCUAGAAUACAACGAUGAGAUCCAAACCUAUGAGGGAUAUGCAGAGCUCAACCUAGAAGAUCAAAUGAACAUGAACUCACGCUCUGUAAGUAGGCCUAUCUCUUUGCUCAUGGGUAAAACAUGAGCUGAAAUUGGUUGAAUCAACGGUGCACUUUUUCAAUCCCUUUUUUAAUAGCAUAUUUCCUCCCUGCAGGAACUAUGUGAGCUGGACCUGGACUUGUUGGCUCCAUACAUACCCAUGGAUGGAGAAGACUUCCUCCUCACUCCAGUUUUAGAUGGGAUCUUGGCCAUGACAGAAGGCCCUGUUCUUCCACCUGGCUUGGAGGGCCAUUGUUCCUUGGGGAAGUUCCCUAUAUCUGCUGGUUCUUUCACCACACAUCAAAUGAAAACCUUGCAGAUAGAGCCCCCUUGUGACUCAAGGGGGUCACAUACGGUCAAAGAGUCAGAGUUUGGGUAAGCACCAGUGUGUGUGGGCACCAGCUUCUAGUCUCAGUCAAUAAGCAUGUUAAAGGGAUAGUUCACCCCAUCCAAGUCCAGGUAUCGAUAUUAGCAUUUUUCACGCAUCAUGUUCAAAUCAUCUAUAAGUGACUUUGUUGAGCUUCACAAUCAAUUUGAGAUACUUUUGUAUGAUUUGGACACAAUACGGGAAAAAUGCUAAUAUCGAUACCAGUACUUGGAUGGGAUAUGUGCCAGGCAAACUAAACCAAAUCAUGGAUUGCUGUCAAACCUUGUCCAUAGACUGCUAACAGGGUAAGGAAACCAAUGUGUCAUUUUGUAAUUUGGGUGAACUAUAUCUUUAACCAUUCUAGCAGUGGCAUAAUUGUUUCUGAUUGUUUUCUUUGGAUAUAGGGAAUCAUACCAUCAUAUGCUUGUCUCAUUGUUUGCCAUUUCGGAUGUUUCUUGGUCCUAUAUAACAUUGCUCUUUCUCCAGGGACCAUAUGAAGUCAGUCUAUAGAGGAGGCAUUGAUGUAUUCAAGGAGGGCACUGACCACGCCGAAUGGGAGGGUCUUGUCCUGAACGAACAGUGGAGUGAGAAACACACAUCCUGUAGACAUCCACAGGUAUUCAUGACUGCUGCAGCUAGGCUGCCUUACCGGACCGUGGAAUACUUCCCCAUUCACCCACCAGAUGGAUCCACUUGCUUGUGUGGACCACCAUCAAGGCAAGUGUUGUGGAAAUACACACAGCAGCCCAAAACCCUAAGCACAGGCCCUCAGACACCUACCAAUCAUUUAGACAAGAGGUCAACAUGCCAUGUUCCUUUCACCCUGCCAGUCCUGAGCAGGCUGGACUGUGAGGUCACUCUGGGACCAACCAGCUGCCUGCUUCAGGGGUCAGAGAUCACCUCAGUCCUGGACCAGACCGCCUCCAGAUUCUUACACCUCACACAUCGGGCACAAAUCAGCUCUCCACCCAACAUGCCCAUCCUGUGUACGCACCCAGAUCAGCUAUUGAAGUCAGCUCUGGCACAUCGACAUCGUACGGUGAAUGGAUAACAUGAACUUGAUCCUCACAACACCAUUUUUUAUUCUGCAACGAAUGGUGCCAAUCUCUCCUGAACUAGGUCUAUAUUGUGACUUUUACUGGACAACGUAACUAACAAACGUUGAUGCAUAGCCUAGUUAUUAAAUACUGCACUUUAUUACAAUGAUUACAAUGAUCCAGAUUAAAACUGUUGUCUUGUUUUUUUUUUACUGUACAGUGCCCAUAC